UGAUGAUGAUGAUGAUGAUGAUGGGCUUUUCCAAGUAAGGGGGGAAGGCUAAGGAGUGUGGUGGAAGGUGACAGUGAUCCCCUUGGGCAGUUGCUGAGGCUAGUGUGGAGGUGGCUGGACGAAUGUCAGGACUGCCCACGUCCGAGGUGGUCCUUCCCAGAACCCACUGUUGAGACCGAUGGUGGCAGUCUCAUCAGCUGACUGUGGCAGAGGCUGUGUGUGAGGUGAGAGCUGCUUCCCGAGGGGUGAAAGCAUUCUCCAGUUAAAGAAAUUGGCGAGCAGAAAGUUUGUGUGUCCAUUGGUUGAAUGAGCAGAAGAGCGUUAUGAAGAAAUCGGGGAGCUGACAAUUUUGAACUUCCCAGAGACCAUUUCAACUAAUAUCCUCUUUGUAUAUGUUUUAAAAAGAAGUAUUUCACAUUGUUAUCCAAAGUAUAGUUUUAACAAACAAAACCAGAAUGAGUAUUGUUAAAAUAAGUAUUAAUGGUAUUGAGGAAAAAUAUCCAGUUUAUAUAUACUUGUUUUUAAUUAAAAUAUAGCAAUGUAAAUGUCUAGUUUGGGGACUUUUUUUUUUUACUAUUGAUAUAAUGGGACAGAAAGACCUGUGAUUAAUCUGCUGAAUUAAAGAAUACUGAUUCUGAUGUCUUUAGUGAGUGGAAUAAUCAAAUUCAUUAUUGUUUUCUGAAGCAGUUGCAAACUUAGUCUAAAUGAAAAACUAAUAUAAAUCACUUCUCUGCAUUAUCAAAAAUGAACUCCAUUCCCAUCUCUCUCUGAGUUGGGAGGAAUCUGCAGUAAGCCUGUAUCAAACUGCAAGACUGGGACUCUUAUUUAUCUUUGAGUUCCCUUUGGUUUUGUGCACGUAAGAGAUUGAAAUUGAACAUACCCUAUAAAUGUAGAAAAAUAAAUUCCCAGUCAGUAUGUCAUUUAGUGAUUGCAGUUAAAUCUAAUACUUGCAGCACAUUGGACAAAAGGCUCGUUUUCUUAAUUUGCAAAGAACUCUGACAGUUCAAUAGAGUCAGAUAUGGGCAAAGGAUAUGGGUAGGCAGUUCGAAGACAAACUUAGACAAAUUGCCAUUGAAGAUGAGAAAAGAUGAUCAACCCCAUUUAUAAUUAAAUCACAGCAAAACAGUGAGAUACCACUUUUAACCUGUCAGUGUGGCAAAGGUGAAAAAGUUCAAUAUUCAUUAUUAGCAGUUACGGGGGUACAGGCACUUCACGUGAUGUUGGUGAAGGGACAGUUGCUGCCACCUUUUGGGAGGUAAGUUGGCAUUAUCGAUGGAUGUGAAAAACUAACGCAGUAGCCCCUCUGCUAGGAGGAACUACUAUGACUAUUUAAAUGGUUUCCUGCUUUUGGUAUCACCUGGGGACUGAUUAAGUAUUGAAUACAUGGUGGCACAUAUGAAAUUCAUUUAUAUGAAUUUCAUGGAAUACUAUGAAAUCAGAAAAGAGAAUGAAGUAGAUGAGCUUGUGCUGCUGUGGAAAGAUUUUAAGGUAUAUUAAAUACUUUUUUUUUUUUUAACAUCUGUAUUGGAGUGUAAUUGCUUUACAAUGGUGUGUUAGUUUCUGCUUUAUAACAAAGUGAAUCAGCUAUACAUAAACAUAUAACCCCACAUCCCCUCCCUCUUGCGUCUCCCUCCCACCCUCCCUAUCCCACCCCUCUAGGUGGUCGCAAAGCACUGAGCUGAUCUCCCUGUGCUAUGCAGCUGCUUCCCACUAGCUAUCUAUUUUACAUUUGGUAGUAUAUAUAAGUCCAUGCCAUUCUCUCACUUCAUCCCAGCUUACCCUUUAAAUACAUUUUUAAAAAGCAGAGUACAGAACAGUUUAUGCUGAUAUAUGUUUAUAAUUUUCUCUGAAAGAACACCCAAAAACUCUUUCCAGUGAUUGAGAGGCACUGGAGAAGAAUUUUGCUAUCCAUUUUAUAUUUUUCUGUACGAUAGUUUGAAGUUUGACCAUAUGCAUAUAUUUUAUUUUAAAGAUAAAAUUAAACAUUGAUCUAACUUUGGUGUAGGCCCACUGACAUUCCAUUCAAGGGAGAAAUCAAGACCCUCGAGGAACCAGUGAUUAGCCCAUGCUGGAAAAUUGCAGAGGAGUGGAGGGUUCUGUUGGAACUGAUGUGUCUGUGAGAGGUUCUGGCUUCCUUUGCUUCAGGACCGCUGGACCUGAUGUCAGGUCUGGGUGUGGAAUUGUGAUUAAUUAUGCCUUUUACUCCUUUUCUGUGACUAGGACUUCAGUUACCUGUAAAUUCCCUGUGUGUCAGUCUCUGAGAAGCCUCUUAUUCGAGAGUGUUGCUUGUUAGCAGCUUUAGGCAGGAGUCUCUGAAUCUCAUUGUCACUGCCGAGAGGACGCGUCAGUGUCAAGGAGAGGAGAAUGGAGCACUUCCUUUCUCAUUUUGCAGGAAAAUGGAAUUCCUCCUUAGGUGUUAAUCAUGGUCUUUCAUUUUUCUCUUCAGUGAUUUUCUUUCCAGUGUAGUUCUGUACUUUUUUCUGAGAAGAAGAUAAAAAGCCACACAAAGGAGGAAGACACCUCAUUGUGGAGCUAUUUUCAGUUUUACAGACUAUUUCAGAAAUGCUUUUUUGUUUUCCUUUUUCUACUGGUUUUUGCCCAGGACUCUGUACCUUUAAAAAGCUGAAUCCACCUUUCUUUUGCCCUUUAAUUCCAAAAGUCACUAUUUACACAUCCUUGUGUCCCGAAAAUGCUGUAAUGAAUAGGUAACAUUUGACCACUUGGCAGGUGCCAGGCAGUUUCUGUGCUUCUAGAUGGCAGUCUGGUGCAGUUAUGAGCAUGACCCCUGGAGCCAGACUAAGUUCAUCUGUUAACUGCGGGACCUUUGGCAAGUGUCUUAACUUCUUUUCUUCAGAGUCUUCAUCUAUAAGAUGGCAGCAAUCAUAGUAUUCCCCUAACAGAGUUGAUAAGAGAAUCAAAUUAAUUAAUCUGUGUAAGGUGUUUAGCACAAGAUAGGUACUCAUUAUAUGUAAGCUAUUAUACACAUUCAUUGCAUGAAUUUCCCUCAUUCAACUACUCCAACAGUCAUGUUGGGCUGUUCUAGUCAUGUUCUAGAUACAGAGAUCAAGGUUGAUGGACUUGUCUAAGGUCACGUAGCUAUUUAAAUGUUCAUUGUUACUAUUUUUAUUAGAAAGUGGCACAACCAGGAUUCAUAUCCAAGUCUAACUUCAAAGCCAGUUCUGUUUGUUACACCAUCCUGUCCCCCUAAAAAAAGUCUCUAAUAGCUAACCUUGAUUGCCACGUGCCAAGCAACCAUUGUGCUAAGUGCUUCCUACAUGAAUUCCUUAUAACAACCCAUAAGGCAAAGACUAUUGCUAUUGAUACCACCAUUAAAAACAAAAAAACUGGGCUUUCCUGGUGGCGCAGUGGUUGAGAGUCCGCCUGCCAAUGCAGGGGACACGGGUUCGUGCCCCGGUCUGGGAGGAUCCCACGUGCCGCGGAGCGACUGGGCCCGUGAGCCAUGGCUGCUGAGCCUGCGUGUCCAGAGCCUGUGCUCUGCAAUGGGAGAGGCCACAACAGUGAGAGGCCCGCGUACCGCAAAAAAAAAAAACAAAAAAACAAAAAACUGAGACUUGGAAAGGUUAUGAAGUACCUUGCCCAAGGUUUUACAAAUGGAAAGCAGGUAUCAUUUGAAUCCAUAUCUGACUCCAAAUUAAUGCUUCUGAUGGUUAUAUUAGGAUCUUUUCUUAUCUCUUAAAAACUAGAUGAGGUGCCUUAAAUUUUUUUAAUGUUACUUAUUUUUAAUAAGUAAUACAUUCACAUAGUUUAGAAAUUUUAAGAGUUCAAAAUGAUUCACUGAAAGCUAAUGGGCCUUCCAACUACCUCAUCCCUGUCCCAAGAGGCCAUUUGUUUUUGUGCAUCAUUCCAGAAAUAUUUUGCUAAUAUUUAUAUAUGAAUAUAUUGACACAGUGAGGUGUAUAUGUUUUCAUAGUGCUUUAUACAAAUAGCAUAUAUACUGCUCUGCAUCUCAGCUUUUUCAUUUAGCAAUAUAUCAUGGUGAUUGUUUCAUACCAGUAUGAAAAGAGCUUCCUUAUUCAUUUUUUCUGGUGGUAUAAUAGUCUUUAGUAUGGACAUACCAUAAUUUAUUAGCCAGGCUCCUCUUGAUGAGAAUUUAGUUUGUUUCCAAUCUUUUGUUAUGAGCUGUCCUGUAAUAAAUUCCUAGAGUUGAAAUUGCUCAGUCAUGGGGGAUCGUUUGUAAUUUUUCUGGAUACUACUGAAAUGCCCUCCAAAGUAUUUGUACCAUUUUAUACUCACCAGCAGUGUCUAUGUCAAAUUAUCAUCUAGUAGGGAUUUAAAAAUACAUAUAUUUUUGUCAUUCCAAGUAAUACAUGUUCACUAUAGAAAUUUGAAAAAUACAAAGAAGAAAGAUAAAACAUCUUUACUCUCACAUUAAUGUAAAUAUUUUGUAUAAUUCUUUAAUAUUAUCUCUAUGUAUAUUUAAUAUUUGUAAAUACAUAUAUACUUUUAGAAAUAUCAUUCUGUAUAUUCUGUGAUUACCUGAUUUUUUAACAGCUUUGUUGAGGUAUAUAACUUACAUAUAAAAUUGACCCAUCUUAAGUAUAAAAUGCAGUGACUUUUAGUAAACUUAAAAAGUUGUCAAGGGCUUCCCUGGUGGCGCAGUGGUUGAGAGUCCACCUGCCGAUGCAGGGGACGUGGGUUCGUGCCCCGGUCUGGGAAGAUCCCACAUGCCGCAGAGCGGCUGGGCCCGUGAGCCAUGGCCGCUGAGCCUGCGCGUCUGGAGCCUGUGCUCCGCAACGAGAGAGGCCACAACAGUGAGAGUCCUGCGUACCGCAAAAAAAAAAAAAAAAAAGUUGUCAAACUAUCACCGUAAUUCAGUUUUAGACCAUUUCCAUCACCCAUAAAGAUCCUUCUUGUUCAUUUGCAGUUGAUCUGAUUUCUUGCUGUGUUCUUAAAUAUUUAUUCAUCAAAUAUUUAUUGAGUAUCCACCAUGUGCCAGGCAGUUAUCUGGCACAUAGUUAAUAUAACAGAUGAAAAUUCCUGCUCUCAUGGGAACUAACUGACAUUUUGUGGAACUAACUUUGAAUUCUUUAACGUCAUUUUAGUGAUGAUACUGUAUUCAGUAUAUAGCUGUAUCAUACUUUAAUAAUUCCCUUAUUGUUGGACAUUCAGGUUGUUUCCAUUGUUUGCUUUGUAAUUGAAUGUAGUUAUGGAUAAAUUUUUGUGCCUAUAUUCAUGAUUUUGUUUUUACAACACAGAGUGCUGAGUUGAGAGAAAUUCCCAUUUUAAGGCUUUUGUUAUAUUUGCCUACCAGAAGUAUGUGAGAGCACCCCUCUUCCUAUAACACUGCCAGCUGGGUUGCGUUUUUAAGUCUGGGCAAUUUGAGAAAGAACAAUUGUGUCUUGUGUUAAUUUUUAUAUUUUGGUUUAUUGAUGAAGUCGUUAAGCAUUUUAUCCCUAUGUUUAAAGGCAAUUAAAAUUUUUUUUUUUUUAGCAUCUGUUCAUAUUCUUUGUUCACUUUUCAGUUGUUACAUUUGGCUUUUAUUGAUUUGUAAGAGUUUUAUACUUCCCUGCCAUAGAUGUUAUAUUUUUCAUAAUUUGUCUCUUUUUGUUUUUUGGUAAAAGAUAUUUUUUAGAGGUAUAAAAGUUUUACUUAAAUAGUUAAAUCUCCCUUUCUUCUUCUGGUGUCUGCCUUUGUGUGCUCAGAAAUGUCUUCUCUUGAAGUUAUUUUUGGGUAUGUUGUGAAGAAGGGAUCUAACUUUAUUAUUAUUUAUUCAUAUUAUCCAAGCAGCAUCUAUUUCCAGAAAUCUUCCUUUUUCACUGAUUGAAAAUGGCCCCCAAAGGCCCAUCCUGGUCUGAUUUCUAUCUACUUGACAGCCUCCUGUGGCCUCUGCCCUUGCUCCUUGUCCCAGCUGUGCCACAGUGCUCCAAUAUUUCCUUCCUUCCUGACUUGGGCUCUCAUCUCUUUGUGCAUGUGAUUCCUUCUGUCUGGAAAAUUGGAACUUUCCCUGCAGCACCCUCCCUACCCCCCAAUAUUUGGCUAACCUUUAUCAUCCUUUAGGUCUCAGUUGAGAUAUCAUUUGUUCAAAUGGCCUUCUCUGACCACUCCUCCAUUAUGAAAGAUCUCAUAGCUCUUAUCACAAUUUACAACAAGAGAAUUGUAGCUUACUUGGAGCUGUAGUGCCAGGCAUACGGAAGACUCUCAGUAUAUAUUUACGAAAUGAAUGAAUUAUAGCCUACUCAUACAUUUUGACAUCUAUAUGUUUGGCUGUAUUUUUCUUUUUCUAAAAUUUUUUCAGUAUUUCUUCUUCUAGAUCUAAUGUCCAGUAUGGUGGCCAUUGCUCACACGGGGCUAUUGAGCACUUGAAAUGUAGUUAUUCCAGAUUGAGACGUGCUGUAAAUGCAAAAUACACAUCACAUUUUAAAGACUUGAUAUGACAGACAUGAAAUUCCAAGAGUGUUGUGAAAAUACUGGUGACUUAGUAUGAAAAAAAAGAAUAUAAAAUAUCUCAUUAAUAACUUUCUAAUGUUGAAAUGAUAAUGUUUUAGAUAUAUUGAGUUAAAUUUUAUAUUUUUCCUUUUAAACAAUAUAACUGCUAGAAAACAUUACACACAUGGCUUGUGUUGUAUUUCUAUUGGACGGCAGUGUUCUAGAUGAAUUUUAAAAUCAUUUUGUCAAGUUUCUAAGAAAAUACUCCAUUGGGCUGCAUUAUAUUUAUAAACUAACUUGCGGGGAACAUGUCCAUCUUGAUAGUGUCAAAUUUUCCUACCAGAAGCAUGAUAUGUGUCUUUGUUUAUGCAUGUUUUUGUCCUUAUUAAAGUGUUAUAGUUUUCUUCUUGUAGAUCCAAUUUUUUGUUUAUCCCCCAGGUAUUUUAUAGUUUAUGUUAAUAUUGUUGGCUGUAACUUGUCAUUAGCUUACCUAACCGGUUUUUUAUGAAUAAUAAUUUUUUAAAUCCUUCACUUAUUACAUCCUGAUUCUAACAGAUUUUUUUCAAGCAAUUCUUUUGUGUUUUCUAUGUAAAUAGUCAUAUCUCCCUUGGAUGAUAAUUUCACCGCCUCUUUUCUAAAGGCUAUAUGCCUUAAUUUUCUCUUGCCUUUUUUCUUUGGCUGGAAUUUCAAGAACAACGUUAAGUAAAAGAAGUGAUGGGCAGACAACCUUGUAGCCUUCCAGGCACUAGCAGGAAUUCCUUUACAAAAGUGUUUACCAUAGAGUGUGCCAGGGAACACUAAUUCUUUGGAAUAUUAAUAUGUGUACCUUGAGAGAAGAGUUUCAUGGUUAAAUGAGUUUGCAAACUGCUGAGUUAAAUAGAAUUCUAGCCUGUAGGACUUUGCAGAUGGGUUAGUAUGCUAAUAUGUUUUUUAAUUCCUAGGAGGUAGGGAUAUUGAGCUCGGGGCUUGUGUUCUACUAAAUACAUUUUGGGGAAUGUAGGUAUAUUUCCUUUUUAAGGGUGAUGUUGCCAUUAGUUUGCAGUAGAUGCUAUUAUAUUAGGAAAAUAUUGUUCUAUUCUUAGCUUAUUAAGUAUUUUUAUCCUUACUUUGAAAGUAACUUUUUAAAAUGCAUUUUUGGCAUAGAAUUGAUUUGGCCAUAUGGUUUUUCUCCUUUGACUUAUUGAGGUUGCAGAUUACAUUUGUGUAUGUCCUAACAUAUAGCCAUUCUUACAUUUGAUCAUAAUAUAUUAUUCUUUUAAUAGGUUAUAUUUGCUAGUAUUUCCUUUAGGAUAUUAAACUAAGUCUGUUUAGUGAAGUCUCUACGUAGGUAAAGUUGACGGUCUUUAUGCUGUUUGCCAUAUUCUAAUGUCAGACUUAUGCCAUACGAACUGAGAUGCUUUAAAUAUUUUAGCAUGCAUCUAGAACAGUGUGAAUGGCCUGAGGAUCAUUUGUGCUUUGGCACUUCUGUUUCUUUUUAAUUCUGCCAAUUUAUGUUAUCCUAAAAAUAUGUCCAUUCCACUUGGAUUUCAAAUUGAUUUCAAUCAUAAAUCUAGGAUAAAUAAUGGCACAGGGUUCCUCUCUAACUAAAAUGUUUUAAUAAAUUCUGAGGUGGUUAAGAAAAAUUCUGAUGUGAUUUAUCAUCACACUGAUUGAUCUUUUUCUGCAAAAGUUUUAGAUUUCGUUGCACAUUGUCUUGUCUUAAAUUUUAAAACUUUGUGAUUAAAUACUGUUCUGUAUUAAUUACAUUUUUGUUUUCUUUGGGUUUAGUUUGUUCCUUUUCUGACCUCAUAAGUGAUUUCAUUUAUUUUUAUUCUUUAUUGUUUAAUGAUAAAAAUUUUUAAGGCACUGACAUUGUUAAAAUUUGUUAGUUCAGAACCCCAGCAUUUCAUUGUGAAAAAUUUCAAACAUACCCAAAAGUUGAAUUUUACAAUAAACACCUGUAUACUCAAUCUAGACUCUACACUUGUUAACAUUUUAUUUUGUUUGCUUUAUCACAUAUCUGUCCAUCUCUUUUUGGAUGCAUUGUUAGGUAAGUUGAAGAUAUAAGUAAACUUCAUUCCUAAACCCGUACUGCAGAUUUGAUGUGAGUUUUCUUAUUUUCUAAAUAGCUCUAUUCCUUAUUGAUUUUCUUUUUGAUUCAGUGCUUAUUCAGGAGGUGUUUAAAUUUCUCUUGAUUGGGUUUUUUGUUUGUUUGUUUGUUUUGGUUUUUUUUGCGGUACACGGGCCUCUCACCGUUGUGGCCUCUCCCGCUGCGGAGCACAGGCUCCAGAUGCGCAGGCUCAGCGGCCAUGGCUCACGGGCCCAGCCGCUCUGCGGCAUGUGGGAUCUUCCCGGACCGCGGCACGAACCCGUGUCCCCUGCAUCGGCAGGUGGACUCUCAACCACUGCGCCACCAGGGAAGCCCUAUUGGUUGGGUUUUAAAAACAAAAAUAUAAAUGUGAGAUCUAAUUUUGUUGUUUUGGUCAGAGAAUGCAGCCUGGGCUCUACACCGUUCUGUAGUUUUGAGUGAUCAGGGCUGUGGGCUCUAGGCAGAGGGCAGCCAGCCUGUCCUGAGCACGCCAGCAGUGUGAGCACUAGCCGAGGAUGAUGCACUCCUGACGUGUCCGUCACUCUUCUUGAUCCUCCUGUCUAAAAACUCUUCACUGAAGGCGGCCGAGCAUUGCGCUAUGAAUUACCAACCCAAAAGGAUGUAAAUGUGUGUAGAGCUGAAGGGGAAAAAAUGCACAUCAAGACAACAACUCAAACUCUAAAAAGGUUUAAGCUCCAUUCAGUAUCCAGUGUGCUGUAUACUUGCAAAAUACCAAUUGGAAAUAUACAAAUAAGGCAGAGCAUUUUUUUAAAUGAAUUUACUUCUGUUUUACAGAGUACUUCAAAUCCUCAAAGGUAGGUGAAACAGAAAAAUAUAUUUCUUAAAAGGAUACCAAGUUCUCAGCUAGAGCUAAAAUGGCUCUACUGUAUGUUACAUGUUUUACUUUGAUCAAGAUGUAUGUCAGGUAAUUAGGAGACUUGGCUAAUGGAUCAUUAGGUUAUUUAUCUUUAGGUGAAUUAACCAAGGCAUGAAAGACUGAAAAUAAGUAAGAGGAGAAAAGAAAUGCUCAGGCGGACCCUAGGAGAUUACGCUUCAUGUCAGUAGAAAUGGACAGCAGCAGUUUUAUUCAGUUUGAUGUGCCCGAGUACAGCAGCACCGUUCUGAGCCAGCUAAACGAGCUCCGCCUGCAAGGGAAACUAUGUGACAUCAUCGUCCACAUUCAGGGUCAGCCGUUCCGAGCCCACAAAGCAGUCCUUGCGGCCAGCUCCCCCUACUUCCGGGACCAUUCAGCAUUAAGUACCAUGAGUGGCUUGUCAAUAUCAGUGAUUAAAAAUCCCAAUGUGUUUGAACAGUUGCUUUCAUUUUGUUACACUGGAAGAAUGUCCUUGCAGCUGAAGGAUGUUGUCAGUUUUCUGACUGCAGCUAGCUUUCUUCAGAUGCAGUGUGUCAUUGACAAGUGCACGCAGAUCCUAGAGAGCAUCCAUUCAAAAAUCAGUGUUGGAGAUGUGGACUCUGUGACCGUUGGUGCGGAAGAGACUCCAGAGAGUCGUAAUGGAGUUAAAGACAGCAGCUACUUUGCCAACCCGGUGGAGAUCUCCCCUCCAUACUGCUCUCAGGUACGGCAGCCUACCACAAGCAGUGAUCUUCGGAUGGAGACGACACCCAGCAAAGCCUUGCGCAGCCGUGUACAGGAGGAAGGGCACUCGGACCGAGGGAGCAGUGGGAGCGUCUCUGAGUACGAGAUUCAGAUCGAGGGGGACCAUGAGCAAGGGGACCUGCUGGGGAGGGAGAGCCAGAUCACUGAAGUGAAAGUGAAGAUGGAAAAGUCUGACCGUCCCAGCUGUUCCGACAGCUCCUCCCUGGGAGACGAUGGCUACCACACCGAGAUGGUUGAUGGGGAACAAGUUGUGGCCGUGAAUGUGGGCUCCUAUGGUUCUGUGCUCCAGCACGCCUACUCUUACUCCCAGGCAGCUUCACAGCCAGCCGGCGUAGCUGAAGCUUUUGGAAGUUUGAGUAAUUCCAGCCCAUCCAGAUCCAUGCUGAGCUGUUUCCGAGGAGGUCGUGCCCGCCAGAAGCGGGCUCUGUCUGUCCAUCUGCACAGUGAUCUGCAGGGCUUGGUGCAGGGUUCCGACAGUGAAGCUAUGAUGAAUAACCCCGGGUUUGAGAGCAGCCCCCGGGAGAGGAGUGCAAGAGGUCACUGGUACCCGUACAAUGAGAGGUUGAUCUGUAUUUACUGUGGAAAGUCCUUCAACCAGAAGGGAAGCCUUGACAGGCACAUGCGACUCCAUAUGGGAAUCACCCCCUUUGUGUGCAAGUUCUGCGGGAAGAAGUACACGCGGAAGGACCAGCUGGAGUACCACAUCCGGGGCCAUACCGACGAUAAACCAUUCCGCUGUGAGAUCUGCGGGAAGUGCUUUCCAUUCCAAGGUACCCUCAACCAGCACCUGCGGAAAAACCACCCUGGCAUAGCUGAAGUCAGGAGUCGCAUCGAGUCCCCUGAGAGAACAGAUGUGUAUGUGGAACAGAAACUAGAAAAUGAUGCGUCGGCCUCAGAGAUGGCCCUAGAUUCCCGGAUGGAAAUUCACACGGUGUCUGAUGCUCCUGAUUAAGAUGGUAAAGAAGUGCACCCCACAAAGCACAUUAAUCAACGCCUGUUUGUGAUUUGCUUUGUUGUAACCUUUGGUUUUCCCAACCAUCUGGAAAUCUCUUGGUCUCUUGGCAGUUUUUCUAAGGUUUCUGGAAGGAACACUUCAUUGUGUUUAUCCUUUCCCCCGCCCUCCCUCCCUCAAGGAGCUCAAAGCAUGAAGGGCAGCGUAUCCAGGGAAAACACAGGCUGACAGUAUUCCUCUUUGGCUGAACUCUUCAUCCAAAACCUGCCAGUGAUUUAGCUAUGCCAACUGGUUGACCCUACAUUCUCUGCCAAGAGGCAUACUCUCCCAUUGUGUGCACUGGCACCAGUGCAUUUCCAUGGAGGGAGACUGGGAUGCCGUCAGCUGAUACAAAUGGGUAACCUUUUCUAAUUUAAAAUUACUUUUAGGGGGUAGUUAGACAAUUUUUAUAUAUAUAUAUAUAAUAAAGCAAUUAUUAUAUAUAUAGUAUAUAUACAUUCUCAAAUUUGAUUUUAUUCUGGUUGAGGUGAAUGUAAGAGGAAUAUAUAAUUUAAUACAAUGUGAACAGGGCUUUUGACUCUGUCUCGCCCCUACCUAAUAUGUUAGGGUUUUGCCCCUUUAUUUCCCUUAUAAAAGAAUGUUAAUAGGUUUUCAAAUAUAUUAAUCAUUGUGUCCAAAAGCAAGCAAAGCAAAUCACAGUGUUCAUAGCUCUGCUUCAUAACAAAUACAUAAACCAAAUGCCAUAAAAUGUAUUCAACUCUAGUUGGAAACCAUUUGGAAUUUUUGUUAGUUGUCCAGUAGGUAAGCUGGAUGACCCGUGGUGCUGACCUUUUUACAUACAGUAGUGUUAUAUUAGUCAACCCCAAAGGAGCAGUGGUUUUCAAUGUUUUUACUGGCCUAUGAAUCUACCUUCAUUCCGUACUGUAGAAACAUACCAGGUAACUAAAUCGAAUCACUCUCUACCGUGAGUUAGUACUCGCACUAAAGGAAAGGGAUUUGUAGUUCUGUCUACAAAAUUCUCCAAGCAGUGUUGUGGUUUUUUUUCUUCUUUCUCUUUUCAAACAGCCAGUUCAGGUGCACAGCAACUUUUUCUACAUGCAGUUCCCAGGGAAACUGCAGAACUUGGAAUUUGUACUUUUUGUAAAGAUAUACUCUAUGGGAAUUGCAAGCAAUAUAUCUAUCUUAGUAUUGUGUGAGCUGAUGAGAGCCUCCGUGGCUCCCCCGCUCUCUCAGUGUUUCCUGCUUGAAGAAACCAACAGUUAAAAAGCCCUCUAAGAUACUCUGUGUGUCACCAAAUCUCUGUGUGUCACCAUUUUUUUGGUCACGUGGUGCUAUUUUUAUGUUAUGUAUCUUUUAGGUCAGUAUAGUUGUAGAAAAUGUGAAAUCUAAUGGUAAAAGUGAAUUAUAAUUUUUUUCCUCUCUCGAGUUUAUAGCUUGAAAAAAGACCUCAAAAGCAUGUGCUGGCAAACACAUUACUGUAUAAAAACAUACCCGAGUCCUAUUUGGAUAAUGUUUUAUUAGUACUUGAGGAAGUGUCUUCAGUUUUAUAUUUUGUUCACCCGUGUGCUCCUAGUAUACAAAACGGGCUUUAUGAGAUUGCCCUGGUACUGUGUACUCCGGCAGAGAGUAAUGUUGUAAGCAGUUUGGUGGUGAGUUUGUGCUGCAGGCUGUCGGUAAGAUGUCAGCACUCCAGGCUCUCUGCUUGAGAACCUUGGCCCUGAAACUCACAACUAGUGUGUCUCCACGGGAGAAGAGCACAGACCACCUAAGAGAAAAACAAAAGCGAAAUUCGGACCAACCUCAGAGGCUAGGAGUUAAAGGAAUACAAAAGUAGAUGUUUGCUGGUUUUCCGUGCUUUUUUGGCUCUUAAAAUACCAAGAAUGGAGUUGGGGUUGGGGGGUGUUUGGGGAUUUUUUUUUUUUUUUUUUUGGUUUUUUUUGGGGAAAAAAUCAUUCAGGCCCUUGUGUGUGAUCGCCCCCGGGGGUGGUAGCUGUGCAGUAGCAUCUCUUCAGCACAGGGGAUCUGUUCACGCGUGAGCCGCUGCUCUCCACAUCAGUGUUACUACGUACAGACACACGCGAGUCCUGCCGCUCCAAGGAGCAACUUCUGCUAACCGGGUAUAUAGUAUGCCUUUUCCUGUCAGACUGCCUAAGUCAGGGGUCUGUUCUCUCCCUGAAGCACUUGCUCAACUCCUGUCAAAGCCGUGUGCCUCAAGGGGAGGCUGGACCCCAAGUGUUUACCCACUUAAAUAUGUUCUGGGGUUUCAGGUAAAUGUUUGUGAUUUUUUUUCCUUACAUGAAUAAGUUUGAUUUUUUUUUUUCCGUCAAAGAAUUAAAUGCAAAAAAUUUGUGUUGUGAUACAAAUUAAGUUUGUGACAAGAAGCGCCCAAAUCGAGGACAUGAGAGGUCAGGCUCAGGGAAGGAGCCUCCUUUUCACUCAGGCUUGGGGCCUUCUGAGAGGUCUCCAGAGCAUCCUGUGAUAAACGAGACAAGUGAGGAGGGGCGGCACUUGGGGCAAGCGCCUUGAAUGUCCUGGUUCUUGUCACCGUGUCCGUCUUAACCUUAUUUACAUGGAAUUCUUUGUAUUUGUAAAUUUGUUUAACUGGUUUGAGUUUACCAAAGAGUGACUUAUCCAAAAUUGUCUUUGACAAAAAUAUACAUUGCUUUGAUUGUACAGUUCAGGUUCAGACGUUGUAAUGGGACUGUUAAGGGGCAGAAAAUUGAUUGCGUUUCUCUCUAAUAAUCAUGAUUCCACAUUUUGCAAGUUCCACUUGCUCCCAUUCAUGUUGCUAACACUUUACCCUUUCCACUGCUAGCAGUGUUAAGAAUGAAUUCUCAAGCCAUAACCCAGUACUGUAAGGUCCCACAGGGCUUCGAGGGAGGCCGCGCGCGGGCCAGCACAGAGCUGCGUGGCCUCUCUGAGCGCGCGCACUGCCUGCCGUGCUUCUCAGUGUGCAGGGCGAGUGAAAGAUUAACUCCGUUCACAUCGGGCAGCAGCAAUUAAUUGUGCCUUGUCACAUGAGGAUGUGCCAGGAGGAUUAACGUGACCACAGAACAGAAACAUUCUCUCCCCGAAGUUCACUUCACGUCUCUGCAGACGAAGUCCGCUGUGUAACUCCUUAGAGCGACUCUUUUUGGAAAGCAAAGUCCCUAUUUCUGUACAGUUUUAGGUUAGAUGUUUCAUUUAUAACAAAUGCAAAAAUCAAUUAAGAUAAAAGUGAUAUGUGAAGAAAUCUUUUACAGUAAAAUAUAUCCUGAAUUCAUAUAGGUUUGUUCAUAAUUGAGUCUCUUCUUGAGCUACCUUUUCAAAUACGUAGACAAUGUGAAGACAGUGACAGCGUCCUUUUCUAUAGGUGUUUAACCUGUUAUUACAAACUGUGAAAACAAAGAAUUUUAUACUUUUACUAAUGUGUGUGGUUUUAAACAGUUAUUUUCAUUCUAAUCAGUUCUCUACCCUCUAAUUUCUACUAAAGCUGUAAAUACAUUUAGAAAUUAUAUUUGUAAAUACAGUAUAUGAAGUCAAGUUAAUUUUGGGGUCAGUGGAAAGCCUCCCAAUUGGCUCUGCCUUGGCAGUUUUGUUUUUUGUUUGUUCUUUCUUUUUCUUUUUUUUUUUUUUAACAGCAGAAAGGAUACUGUCGGUUCACUGUUAAGCAGAAUAUACUGUAGAACUAAAUUGAUAACUUCUAAAUCUUCCAGAGCAUGAGUAGAUGUCUUUUCUAAUGAUAGCAGUUAUAACAAGUCUUUGUUUUUCCCCUAGCCCAGACCAUAGGCCUGCAUAUUUUUGUGUGUGGUUUUGUUUUUACUUUUGUUUUUACAGCCUAGACUCUAGGAAGAAUUUGCAGGAACACAAAACAAGGGCUGGGAGGGCAUCAUCUAUGUGAAUGAGCUUUACUUUAAAGAAAUCAAUGUAUUUUAUUUUAACAAUGUUUUCCAUUAGUGACUGUGAUUUUUUUUGUUGUCGUCGUCGUCGUUAUUGUUAAAUUCUGUAAUGGUUUCCUGUGAAGCCUCCACUGAAAGGGACUCAAAUAUGCAACACCUAAACUAUUUUCCAAGGGCACAUGCCCCUUGAAUGGUGCUUCUAGACUGGUCAGGGUUAUUUAUUAAAUUUUAUAUAUGAAAGUAUUGGGGAAUUAUGUAAAUUCUUUAUAUGAAACUAUCUAGUUCAUAAAUCAUAGGUUUCAUAUUACUCAGUGCAACUGAACUGAAAGUUCAGAAGAGUCAUUCACAUUGUUCGAAAUUUGUAAUGGUUGUCACUCGUCACAUACAUCUCUUCAGUAAGUGCCAGAGUGUUUCCACUGUUUCUGCCCAGUGCUUGACUUCUCGGCCCACAAGAGAACCUUUUCUCUCUGGUUCCCCUUGGGUCUGGCACAGACAGGGCUGGUGUAGUUCUCUAUCAAGUCCUGGAGUUAGCCUUGCAGCAGAUUCAGUAAACAGACCUCUUGCUGCCCCUCAGUGACAAGUAUGCUGUGAAUUCAACCUUUGGACUUGCUGCCCAAGCCUUUGGUUGCUGCCCUGAGUAUAGUAAGAGGUAAACUUACCUGGUUUCUUCGAGAAUGACCAUUUUCCUAAUGUGAAAACCAUCUCUCUCACCACUUUUAUUAGUAGGGCUAACAUUUUUUUCCGUUAUAAAUGGUUGAGCAAUUUGAAUGACUUAACACAGUGUCAUUAUCUUGCAAUAUAAACUGGUAACCUCACAACUCCACACUUCAUCACCAUAUGAAGUAAAUGAAGCUAGCUAAGCGGAUGCUGUAUCAACUAGUAACUUGCCAUUAAGGAUUAUUUUAUAGCAUGAAUUUAAGACUAUUUAUUCAAAUGAUAUUUUACUCUUGUAUUCAUUUUGUUUUAGAUUUGUGACAUGAAUACUUCAGUGCUGCUUAAUUUUGUUCUGAAUUCUUGUUUCUUGCUUGUAAAUGGCUUUUUUAUGGUAUAAAGUCAAUGGAAAUUGCUGUUUGUAAAUAAAAAUGCUGCUAGAGCAGA